ACAGAUACUUAGAAGAUGGCUUCCUUUUUUGCAUCAUUAGCAAAGUCAAGAUGUUGUAGAUCCGUUAGUCCAGAUAAAACAAGCUUGAUAAGUGCUUUUAUUUUUGCAAUGUCCAUUGUUAGUUUCUCAGUUUGCUUUGUCAAUGUAUCCAUUUUUUUAGAUAUAAAGUCUAUCCCUUCUUUAAGUGUAAAUUCCACAAAAAAACCAAAGCCUACAGCUAUCAAAACCUUCGAUGUAUCAGUUAUUUUGGCCUGACAGUAAAAAUUGCAUCCUAUAUCUGUCAUAACCUUGGCUGAUUUCUUUGACAAUAACAGUGGCUUGCUUUCAAAUUGCUCUAUCGACCUUUUCAGCUGCAAAUAUUCCGCUACUUUUGAAUAUAUCUCAUCUCUUUGGUCAAUGACCUUUUGAAGAUCCCGUUUCAACACAUCAUUGAUAAAAGACUCGUAGUACAAUAUGGUAUCGUUUAUUUCCAUCUGUGCUUUAAAACUUCGUCCUUCUUUGGCAUGUAGCGUGUGAUGUUGUUGAUUAGCCUCCAUUCCACUUCACCUCGCUCUGAGAGAGCUACUACAAUGGCGGACAGCGGACAUAGUUGGACAAGAAACAAAGAGACAAGAAAGCUUAAUUUCAUGAUAGAAAAAGAAAUCUGAAUUUUUAUUUUAAAAAAAUUGAAGAUACGUAAAAGCUUAGUACUAUGGCAGGCUUUGACGAAGCCGGCCUCCCUGGCAAGCAGUACAUAAAGGAUGGUUUUGCAAACUGCCACGAUCCUUCUGAAUUCAUUAACGCCUUUCAGCAAGAAAACUGCGUUCUUUUGCCUUCGCUUCAUCCGGCUCUUCAUUUGUUAGAUUUGCAGAAUGUCCCACGCGUUAACUUCCACCAGUCACUGCUAGAGGAACUGAGAGAUAAGCUACUUAAAAGGAUAAAAGACUGUAAUAAAGAAAAGUUACAGAAUUUAUUGGAACAUACAUUCAAGUUUGUACAUGUUGACCAGCUUAGGCCUGUUAUCAUGGCUAUAAUGAAAGAGAUACCUGGAAUCGACCCUGCGUAUCUAGAUCAGCUUGCUGAUAAUUCCAAACUAUAUGACGAUUGUCCUAUGGAGGUAAAAAGACAGAUCUGGAUAAGAAAACACCCUCUGUUUGGAGAUGCUGUUGGCCCAUUGUUAAAGGAUUAUUUAGAAUACAAGUAUGCAGAAAUUUUCAGCCUGGAUCCAAAUGCAGGAAAGAAUUUUUUUGUUAUUGCACCCAGACAAAGAAGACAACACAAGAUUGUGAAAGAACUAGCAACAAUGAUAGGGAAGUCCAUAGAGCUCUACAACUUACUUUUGCAGUUUCUAAGAACCCUUUUCUUAAGGACUAAAGAGGUUCAUUAUUGCUCUUUACGUGCUGAGAUUCUAAUGGCCUUCCAUGAUGCCGAUAUCACAGAAAUUAGGGCUGUAGAUCCUUGUCACAAAUUUGCUUGGUGCCUUGAUGCUUGCAUUAGAGAAAAGAAUCCAGAUAGUAGGAGGCUGAAAGAGUUGAGGGCUUUUAUUGAUGGAAUGAAGAAGGGUGAAGAAGAAAUUAUUGGGGAUGUUGCAAUGAUUGCUUGUGAUCCAUUUGCUGUGAAUACUUUGGCAACAAGUAUUCUGUCACUCUGCAGUAGAAUGAUCAAGACAGAAUCCUUACCAAGGGCAACCCCAGACAUCUUGUUUCUAGUCAGAAUCUUUACUCUUAGUCUUUCAGCAUGGGAAAUGAUUAGUAAGCAACAAUAUAAAGAACCUCCAUUGAAUAAUGACAUCAUCACUCGAUUUCUGCCUUCGCUGGCCUCCUUGAUGCUUGAGGAGCAAAUCCAUGCUAUCUCAGAGAAAAUCAGCCAUCAUUCCAGCAAAGUAAAUUUGCCAAACGUGUUCUUAGAAUAUGUGAAAGACAAUUUUAUAGCCGCAACGCUUGGUUGGUAUUACAUAAUAUACCUCAUACAGCAUGCAAAAAGAACAAUGCUUCACUGCGUCCUGCCGACCAUUUGCCGUGCCAGCAAAGCGAACCCACCAAACGACUGUCUUUUAAACGCCAUUGUCAGCGGAUUGUUACGUCACCUCGAUGACUUCCAUUCAGCUGAUUACUGCUCUUUGAUUUUCGAUCAGUUUCUUUUUACUUGGCUCCCACAAGAAUCCGUCUUGCAUCACUCACUUCGCCUUCUUUGGUUCACCCACGUGAAAAUUGAGAGCAGCGUAAUGGUGGGAUUGCUGACUACCAUCCAGCCUACGAGUGAGCACGCAGAAAACCUUCACGAGCUCCACGCAAAGUUGGUGGAUGCCGUUGCGUCUUCUAAAGCAAGCACGCCGUCAAGUGUGGAACAACCAAACUCUUUAUCACCUGCAAUAUCGCCUGUGAUUUCACCAGGGUUUAGGACCCCACCUUCUAUGUGAAGUUCUCUACAAUGUUUAUACUAAAUGCUACCGUUCUGGUAGCAACUUUGGAGCUCAGAAUAGAAGGCCACUGUCUAAUCUAGCUGUUAUUUGAGGAGCCAAAAAACAUAUCUAGUUUUUCUCAUGGACAGCCCGGUUACAAAAAAUGACUCUUAUAUCUUUUUAAGGCUGAUCGGCUAUAAAAUAUUUGGAGAUAUAUUUUUUGGGGAACAGAAUGUCGAAUGGGUUUUCGUUUUUAAGGAUGAGGCCCUUAAUGAAUAGAAAGUGCUCGGACUUUUCGCAUUCAAGACUCUAUUAUGGAAAUGUUAGACGAAAUGGUCUGCGCCAGAUCGCAAAAGUCCUGUAGAACUAAAGAACUGAGAAAGUAUAUAGCUAAAGACAAAGGCAAUGACGACAGGGACCGCGGUAGUGGGGGUGGCUGAGUGGACUUUAGCCCCCCAAUAUUUUCCAAAAUGUCUUUAAAUUGUUUACUUCCCCAAACUUUUUAGCCCCCUCAAUCUGUACUAUGCUCCGCGGUCCUCGAAUAGCAACGUCAACGGCCCCCUUUCCUCUCCUUUUGUAAUUCACCUAGAUCUGAGGAGAGAUUGUUUGGGGAGCGGUGAAAUUUUGGUGAAGGUGAAGACGAUUGAUUAAAUGAAAGCUAAAUACUGAGUACAACAUAAAAUCUAACAUAGAGACAACAAGUAACUCUUUUUGUCCUGUUCUGUUCUUCAAACGUUGCGCUUUUUAAUAUUCUGAAUGACCAGUGCUAUCUGCUGCUCCCAUCCUUUUAUAAAGGUUCAUCUCAUUAACAAUUUAUAUACGGCGAGGCAAUGACUCCAUAACUCAACAUUUCUUUUUGUGGAACGGUGUUAGAAAAAAUUGGAUUUUGAUUACGUCAUUUUAUGGGUAUAGCGGCUGCAUUGAUUAUUUUGUUAAAAUACCAUUUGAGAAACAAGAAUUUUGUCCGUGAAAAUCGCUGAAGUUAUUAAAGAAGCCAAGCAACGGAGAAUCGUUUAUUCAGUAGUUCGAAAAAGUUUGUCAAACAGCGGGGGGUGUUUCAAACGGGGACAAAAUAAACGGGGGUGUUUCAAACGAAUGCACUCCGACCGGGGGUUAUUGCUUUGCAUUAGCUCUGUAAGGGGUGUUUGACUUCUUAUACAUAUCUAGAUAUGUUUCAUGGUUCUUUUUCAGGUUGUGUGAUCAGAAAUUGAAAAUUCUUAAAAUAAAUUUAAUGACAUCAUACUUAACAACUCUAUUGGGGGGGCAGGGCAGAAAUCCUAAAAAUCUUACAAAGAAACAGGCGUGGUUAUUGGGCUGGUCAACGAGAAGCUCUGUUUUACAUCCAUCUGAGAGCGUCCUUUCCAUCAACUAUACAUGUUCAAUCCAAAUAAGAAAAUGCCCUUUUAAAUAAAACUAUCCUUUCUCAACAAUGCUAACAUAAUAAGCUAAUAAGUUACCUACUUUUAUUAUCGGAUUUCGAAAAAUGAUUUUGAUCAUAUGGGCUAACCAUACCUUGAUUAUUUUUUCCUGGUCAUUGCAGGACAAGCACAAUCUCGCCCACAUUUCGCCCCAUUCCCUUGUCAUUAUAGCAAAUUAGCUUAUUUAAUUUGGUGCCAAUUGCUAAAUCAAUUUGGAAUGGUUGGGAUAUUUUGAUACGAUUAUUGUCGCAUGAUUUGACUUAACAAGCUAUGCGAAUGGGGAAAAACUUUCUUUAUAUUUAGUGUGGAAUGUGCAGUUUCGAUUGAUUGUGACGCCUUAAUGAUGGUAUGUGCAUGUGACUCUGAGGGAUGUUUACUUCUCUUCACCAGCCUCAUUUAAUACUGGACUAAGUAUUUGAUAUUUUAAACAGACAGUCGGGGCCAGAGGGGUCGUUUGGGGGGGCGCUGGAUGGGGAUGUGAUACCCCUCUUGGAAGAAAACUUCAAUGUUAGAUAUUUCGACAAAUAAAGGAUGGCUCGCCUACUUUGUCGGCAAAUGGGAUCGGGGCAACCCCUUGUGGACAAAAGCUAGCGACGGCCCUGAUUGGGGCUCAUACCCUUGAUUCUGGGUUCAAAUGUACGAAUAAUGUCCGAGUUCGUUAUAUAUGACCAAGAUAAAAUAAAAAUAGGUACCUUAUUUUAUCUUGAUAUGACAAGAUCGCAAGUUCAACAAAAAUAGAAAGGGUUUUGAGAUUUUUUAAUACGGAACAAAUUUGGCUUUCGAUCAUAAAUUGUACUUUUCUGGAAUUCUCCAUCACUCGUUGUGCCCUAUUCAUUAAUGUCCUUGGCUUUGCAGAAUCCCUUGAAAAAUGGCUUGUUGAUAACGAAGGACCCUGAAAGCCGGUCGUUCAAAGAAUGCCACGAAAGCAGAAAAUCGAAAAUCGAUUAGUUCUCAUGCAGAACGUAACGAGCCUGCAGAAAAUAAAAUGUGAUCACGUGGUGCUCCAUUGAUUUUUCAUUAUCAAAUCCCAGGUGCGGUUAACAAUGGGUUGGUUAGUAUAAUACGAAAAGCAAUGAAAAUCACCUCAUUUUGUGGCUUUCUGCCGAAGAAGGAGUCGAAGUGCCAAAAACCAGA